GGACCCGCGCCGACCUCGCCAUGGGCAAAGGCGACCCCAAUAAGCCGCGGGGCAAGAUGUCCUCGUACGCCUACUUCGUGCAGACGUGCCGCGAGGAGCACAAGAAGAAGCACCCGGACUCGUCCGUCAACUUCGCAGAGUUCUCGCGGAAGUGCUCGGAGCGGUGGAAGACAAUGUCAAGCAAGGAAAAAGGAAAGUUUGAAGAAAUGGCUAAAGGAGACAAAGCUCGCUAUGACAGGGAGAUGAAAAACUAUGUUCCUCCCAAAGGCGAGAAGAAGGGAAAGAAAAAGGACCCCAAUGCUCCUAAAAGACCACCAUCUGCGUUCUUCCUUUUCUGUUCUGAGCACCGUCCGAAAAUCAAAAACGACCAUCCUGGCUUGUCCAUUGGAGAUACAGCAAAGAAAUUAGGUGAAAUGUGGUCUGAACAGUCGGCCAAAGAUAAACUGCCAUACGAACAGAAGGCUGCAAAGCUAAAGGAGAAGUAUGAAAAGGACAUUGCAGCAUAUCGUGCCAAGAGCAAGAGUGAUGCAGGAAAGAAGGGCCCAGGUAGGCCUGCAGGAUCUAAGAAGAAAGCAGAACCAGAGGAGGAAGAAGAGGAGGAGGAGGAGGAGGAGGAAGAGGAAGAAGAUGAUGAGGAUGAAGAAUAAAUGAAUGUCCUGCUGUAAAGAUUUGUGCUCGGGAUCCAACAUUUUGCUAAGAAUGUGAACUCAAGUGCAGCUCAUUGUUAGCUUCAGUAUAAAAAUCUGUACAGAAUUGUGUAUAGGUCAUGUGGUUCUUUGUAGGGAGACUUCAAUUUAUAAUGUAAGCAGUAGCCAAGGGCUGCUACAGUUCGGUUUGGAAAAACAAAAGUUGUUGAAUGUUUCUGCUGUUUCUGCAUAUUUAAUGGUUUUAUUGAAAUUCAGUGACUGAUAGCCAGGUGUUUCUUUUUAGCUAAGUAAAAGGUAGCUUAAUAGCUGAUCUUAUAUUUUGUAGUAUUUUGUUGCAUUGUAUUACUUUUUUAACAGUUUUGUAAUAAAAUGUUGUACAUUA